AUGGCUGAGUCCCACUCCAAAUUGCAAAACACGCGUGGUGGUCUCCGGAUCAAAUUGACCGAAGAUGCGACCCAAGAUCUUCUCGUCGAUCGCGAAACGAUUAUGAAGCACUGUCCGACUUUGGCACCAACGCUUCGUCAUUCGGGGGAGGACAGGUAUUGCGCCAUCUGGGACAAGUCGGAGCUUGUGACGACUGACAACGGCGAGGAAAUACGCGUUUCCACUCUCGCACUCAACCCGGUGGAAGAGACAUAUCUUCUCGAAGCAAAGGCGCUAUCGAAAGCGACACAAAUUCCGUGUUCCAUCCCAUUCAGCUGCUCGGACCUUGCUGCGCCUGAAUGGCGGGUCCUUACAAUGCAAGAAUGUCAACUGGAACCUGCGCGCAUAUCAUCUGCCGAACAACACAUGAUCCUCAUUAAGCUCCUCCUUGGUGAGCCGCUCGAGCCGCUCAGAGGCUUUUGCGGUUAUGCUCCUACGAGCUACCUCGGCCGGUCUCAUUACGUUACAAAGCGCUUCGACUUCGUCAAGCUCUGCGACCUGUGCUCCCUCGCCGACUACUAUGGCUGCCUUUCUCUAGUUGCCCAAGAGGUCAUUCGGUCUCUAGGUGAUAUCGGUGUUUUCUACUCUUACGUCCAGCUGAGGCCCUUACUCUUUUGCGGCUUGCCGUAA